AUGGCUUGCAAUCGACCAAGCGCAAAAUCCCGACGCUCGCAGAGGAGAAGAAGAGAAAAACUUCAGAAGGCGUCUGCAAAUGAAGGAAAGGAACCAGCUGAGACCACUUCUGAAGCUCUCACUCCCGAGACCUCUUCAGCUACCGCCCAAGCCACCAUUGAUGCUCCAGCUUCUGGUGAGCAAGGCAAGUCAUGUGCACCCAAGGAUCGUCACUACUACCAUCGUGCGGACAAAUAUGACCGUCGAUUUUAUGCCUUUGAUCGACGCGCCAAAGAACGAAUUGAUGAAUACAUCGCAAAGGGGUGCGCUGCCAUGGACGCAGAUUAUCAGCGCCACAAUAGGAGUUUGCGUCGUAACGAGGAAAAGUUGGCAAAGAAAGUAGAGCAGAUUCAGCACGCGUUCGAGAGAGAUGUUAGAGAAACGGACAGAAAAGUCACUGGUCUCAAGCGGAAAGUCCGUGAGAUACAGACGGAGAAUGAGGAUCUCCGGGAAGAGAUCGCAUAUGAACGUCGCCGCACUCGUCGCAUGAUACUUGAGCUAUACGAGUCUUCGGAUUCCCAAGAGGCUGGUCAUUCAGACUGA